CACUUUACACCUAGCUAGCUAGCUAGGUUGUUGGUUGAAGAGUGAAGAUCUGUGACGAGAUGAUGACAACAACUUCCAUACUCUUGUCCCACCUCCGUCGCUCUCGUCCUUACUACUCCCUUCUCCCCACUCUCUUCUCAGUGCAUCAAUCAAACCCAAACCCAAACCCAAACCCAAACCCAAACCCUCUCUCCCCACCUCCCCCCCACACGCGCUUCACUCCCCGCGUGAACCCACUCCUCUUCCAUUCCCGCGCUUUCUCCACUCCACUUGGCGGUGGAGGCGGAGGCGGAGAUGUUCCCCUCGAAGAAGAUUCGAUUCUUCCUGUUCGUCACCUGAUUUCGUUGCUCGAUGCCUACCACGACCUCACUGGAUUGCCUUGGUGGAUAGUUAUUGCUUCCUCUACUUUGGCACUGAGAGUUGUACUGUUCCCAGUACUGAUUUUGCAACUUAACAAGUUGAAAAGGAUUGGAGAGUUAUUUCCUAAAUUGCCUCCUCCAUUUCCACCACCUCUGUCAGGAAAGAGUUAUAUUGAUCAAAUUUCACUCUUCCGAAAGGAAAGAAGAGCAAUUGGAUGCCCUUCAUUUUUAUGGUUCCUUGCAUACUUUUCUAUCCAGGUACCAUGCUUUUUCUUGUGGAUGACUAGCAUUAGAAGAAUGUCGCUGGAUCAUCAUCCUGGGUUUGAUUGUGGUGGUGCUUUAUGGUUCCAAAAUUUGACUGAAUUCUCACACGGUGUUUCGGGCCCCAUCUUUCCUUUGUUGAUUGCUGGCUUGCACUAUAUUAAUGUUCAGAUUUCUUUUGGGACAUCUUCAGUUCGAAAUUUGACUGGCCCACUUGACUUAUUAGCAAAAUUCUACAAAUUCUACUUGGAUUUUUUAACGCUGCCUCUAUUUUUUAUUGGUUACUGCAUUCCUCAGGGAAGUCUAGUCUAUUGGGUUACCAAUAGUUCAUUCAGUGUCAUUCAGCAAUUAUGUCUCAAACAUCCCGUUGUUCGGGCAAAGUUGGGUUUGCCUGUCAAGGCUGCUCCAACGACAGCAGCAAAUUCGGGGGAAAAUUUUACUGCUCAACUAACAAUUAGUGAUUCUCCCACAAAGAAGCAGAAAAUUUCUGUACAGAACUUAUCCCCUAAAGAACUGCUAGCUCUCUCUGUCCAACUUUUAUCAAAUGGGAAAAGAGAAAGAGCAGUUCCUUUGCUGUGGCUGGCACUUGAGAAGGAUCCUGAUUACUUAAGAGCUUUGCUUGUUAUGGGGCAGACAUUAUUGCAGAAUGGACAGCUUGCAGAGGCUACCGGAUACUUUGAGCGUGCUAUCUCCAAGCUUUUCCUUGGUGGAAAUCCAACAGACGUUGAGAAUACUGAUCUUAUAAUUCUUUCAUCUCAGUGGGCCGGUGUUGCUUGUAUACGCCAGGGGAAGUGGGCUGAAGGGAUAAUACACCUAGAAAGGGUUGCAAGCUUGAAAGAGCCAGAUGAUCCAAAGAGCAAAGCCCAUUAUUUUGAUGGUUUGGUAUUGCUGGCAAGUGCAUUAUAUAACGAAGGUCGAAAAACUGAAGCAGCAAAGUAUCUGCGUUAUGCUGCUGCUUAUAAUCCUGCAUACAAAGAGUACUUGGAACAGUGUGAAAAUGACGAGGAUGUUUUUGUUAGUGAUCUUGUCAGCAGUAGGAGAGGAGAUUACUGAUUUCAAGUUUUGUACAAGUCAAAGCAAAUUUUGUGGAUCUGAUAUCCACUUGAUUCUCUUGAAAUUGUAUAUUAGAAUAAAAAUAAGCUUUGGCUAAUAUCUACUUUGAUGUUUAUUUUAUGGCGAAAAUACCAUUUUGUUUCCUAUAUUUAGGGGCUCA